CAAGAAGACUAGGAGGAAGCGGCCGCCUCCCUGCGCCCCGCCCCUUGGGCUUGCUUGCUGGUUUCUCGCUCCUGCCGACAUAUCCCGGCUCGUCCCGGCGUUCUCUCGGCUCCCUCCGGCUCCAGCUCCGGCUCGGCUGCGGCGGGCAGUUGCAGCGGUGCAGAAUGGCUGACCUCAGUCUUGCAGAUGCAUUAACUGAGCCACCUCCGGAAAUUGAAGGAGAGAUAAAGCGGGACUUUAUUGCUACACUGGAGGCAGAAGCCUUUGAUGAUGUUGUGGGAGAAACUGUUGGAAAAACAGACUAUAUUCCUCUCCUGGAUGGUGAUGAGAAAACUGGGAACUUGGAGUCAAAGAAGAAACCAUGCUCAGAUAUUAGCCAGGCUGAAGGUGAUACUCCUAAACCAACAGUGCUAGCCAAUGGUGAUCAUGGAAUAGAAGGAAAUAAUACUACAGGGUCUCCAACAGAAUUUCUUGAAGAGAAAAUGGCCUACCAGGAAUAUCAAAAUAGCCAAAACUGGCCAGAAGAUACAAAUUUCUGUUUCCAGCCUGAGCAAGUGGUCAAUCCCAUCCAGACUGAUCCCUUUAAGAUGCACCAUGAUGAUGGCCUGGCAGAUUUGUUCUUUCUCUCCAGCGGAACAGCCAAUGCUUCAACAUUUAUAGGACAAAAUGAUCCACUGAAAGAUAGUUAUGGUAUGUCUCCCUGCGACACAUUUGCUCCUGCAACUGCUGUACCUCAGGGGUGGUCUGUGGAAGCCCCAAACUCUCCACACUCAGAAUCCUUUGUUUCCCCAGAGGCCAUUACAGAACCUCUGCAGCCAACUGCAGAGCUAACCGAGGAGGUAGAAAUGGCAUUAGAAGAAGAGAGACCACCAACAAAAGCAUUGGAAAUGAUGGGAAAGAAGACUACUGACAUGGCACCAUCUAGAGAAACAGAGGUGGCCCUGGCCAAGGACAUGGCACCAGCCACAGAAACAGAGGUGGCAUUGGCUAAAGAUACAGGACCACCCACCAAAUCAGAUGUGACAGUGGCCAAGGACAUGCUGCCCUCCACCCAAUCAGAUACAGCCAUAGUCAAGGACAUGGUACUAUCCAUAGAAACAGAGGUGGCCCCAGUUAAGGAUGUCAUAUGGCCCACAGAAACAGAUGUGUCUUCGACCAAGGAUGUGAUACUGCCCACAGAAACAGAGGUAGCCUCAGCCAAGGAUGUGACACUGUUCAAAGAAACAGAGAGGGCACCACCUAUACAAAUGGGUUUGGCCCCACCUGAGGACAUGGCACCACCCAAAGAAAAGGAGUUAGUCCCAGCCAAGGUUGUGGUAUCACUCUCAGAAAUAGAGGUGGCACUGGCUAAAGACAUUGUAUCAUCCACAGAAAUACCCUCAGCCGAGGAGGUGGCCUUGUCCUCAAAAACAGAGUUGGCCCCAGCCAGGGACAUGGCACUACCCCCAGAAACCAAAGUGGUCUUGACCAAGGAUAUAGCACUGCCCCUAGAAGCAGAGGUGGCCCUGGGCAAGGAUGUGGCUCUGUCCCCAGAAAAAGAGGUAGCCUCAUUCAAGGACAUGGCCCAACCCCCAGAAAUAGAAAUAGCUCUGGACAAGGAUGUGAUAGCACCCCCAAAAACAGAGGUGGCCCAGGUCAAGGAUGUGACUCUACCACCAGAAACAGAAGUAGCCCCCAUCAAGGACAUGUGUCUGCCUCCGGAAACACGGGUGUCCCUUACUAAGGACCUGGCUCCACCCCAGGAAACAGAGAUAGCCCUGGCUAAGGAUGUGGCUCUGCCCCCUGGAACAGAGGUGACCCUGCCCAACAGUGUGACUCCAGCCAAGGAUGUUGCAUCACUCUCAGAAACAGAGGUGGCACAAGUUCCAAUUAAGGCCACGGAAAUUGCACAGACACAAGGAGGAAUAACUGAGGAUUCUCAUUUAGAAUCUCUCCAGGAUGAGGGGCAGUCAGCUGCACCUGCCUUCAUGAUUUCACCAGAACCAGUCACAGCCAUGGGCCCAAAGCACAACUUGCCAACAGAGGAGGAGUUUGUGUUAGAAAAACUAGAGCAACAGAAACCAUUCAACAGUCAACCUUCUGAACUUUCUUCAGAGACCUCAGGAAUAGCCAGGGCCGAAGAAGGACGGCCUGCUGUGAGUGUGACCGGAAAUGACAUCACCACCCCACCAAACAAGGAGCUCCCGCCAAGCCCAGAGAAGAAAACAAAGCCUUUGGCCACCUCUCAGCCUGCAAAGACUUCAACAUCGAAAGCCAAAACACAGCCCACUUCUCUCCCUAAGCAGCCAGCUCCCACCACCCUUGGUGGAUCGAAUAAAAAACCCAUGAGCCUUGCAUCAGGCUCAGUACCAGCUGCCCCACCCAAACGCCCUGCUGCCACCACUGCCCGGCCUUCCACCUUACCUUCACGAGAUGUGAAACCAAAGCCUGUCACAGAAGCAAAGGUUCCUGAGAAGCGGGCCUCACCGUCCAAGCCGGCUUCUGCCCCAGCCGUGAGACCUGGAUCCAAGAGCACCCAGACUGUUCCGAAAGGCACAACAGCUGCUGCUCUUGCCUCAGCUGGGCCAAGCAGUAGGAGCCCCCCUACAACCCUGCCCAAGAGGCCCACUGCCAUUAAGACUGAGGGAAAACCUGCAGAAGUUAAGAAGAUGACUGCAAAGUCUGCACCAGCUGACUUGAGUCGCUCAAAGAGCACCUCCACCAGUUCUGUGAAGAAAAACACCUCUGUCAGUGGGACAGCUCCCCCAACAGGGGUGGCUCCUGCUCGAGUCAAGCCUACACCCAUGCCUUCUCGGCCCUCCAUGACUCCUUCCAUGGACAAGAAGCCCACCUCAGCCAAGCCCAGCUCCACUGCCCCCAGGCUGAGCCGCCUAGCCACCAAUGCUUCUGCUCCUGAUCUGAAGAAUGUCCGCUCCAAGGUUGGCUCCACGGAAAACAUCAAGCAUCAGCCUGGAGGAGGCCGGGCCAAAGUAGAGAAAAAAACAGAGGCAGCUGCUCCAACUCGAAAGCCUGAAUCUAAUGCAGUCACUAAAACAGCCGGCCCAAUUGCAAGUGCACAGAAACCACCUGCUGGGAAAGUCCAGAUAGUCUCCAAAAAAGUGAGCUACAGCCAUAUUCAGUCCAAGUGUGGUUCCAAGGACAAUAUUAAGCAUGUCCCUGGAGGUGGUAAUGUUCAGAUUCAGAACAAGAAAGUGGACAUCUCUAAAGUCUCCUCCAAAUGUGGGUCCAAGGCUAACAUCAAGCACAAGCCUGGUGGAGGAGAUGUCAAGAUUGAAAGUCAGAAAUUGAACUUCAAGGAAAAGGCCCAGGCGAAGGUGGGAUCCCUCGAUAAUGUGGGCCACCUACCUGCAGGAGGUGCCGUGAAGACUGAGGGCGGUGGCAGCGAGGCCCCUCCGUGUCCGGGCCCCCCCGCUGGGGAGGAGCUGGCCAUCUCUGAGGCAGCGCCUGAAGCUGGCGCCCCUACUUCAGCCAGUGGCCUCAGUGGCCACACCACCCUGUCAGGGGGUGGUGACCAAAGGGAGGCCCAGACCUUGGACAGCCAGAUCCAGGAGACAAGCAUCUAAUGAUGACAUUCUGGUCUCGUCUUCCGUCUCCCCUGUGUUCCCCCUCUUGUCUCUCCUGUUACCCUCUCCCUUCCUUCCUCCCUCCCGUGUCACUGCAGAUUGAGACCUACAGGCUGACGUUCCGGGCAAAUGCCAGGGCCCGCACCGACCACGGGGCUGACAUUGUCUCCCGCCCCCCCCACUUCCCUGGUGGCCCCAGCUCAGGCUCCCGGGCCCUGGGCUCCCUCUCCCGGGCUGUCUACUAGACCUGUGAGCGCUCAGGCUCUGGGCAGCCCGCUGGGCCUCCUUCCCUCCUGCUCGCUUGCCCAGGGCAGUCACAGCCCUGCCCCCACACCACCUUUCAGUCCCUGCCCCAGGCCCAGCUCCCUGCUUGCUCUUGUCCCUUCACUGCACCACUGCUGGAGGAGCUAGGGAGGGAAUGGGGUGGGUGGGGCUAAGGUGGGGUCUGGAGGGCAGAAUUAGGAUUCCAACCUCCUUUGUUUGGUUUUUUUGGACCAAACCCAAAAGAAACCGACAUGCCUUCCCUCCUCCCUGGAUCUACCUGGAGGGAAGAGUGGAGGUGUAUUCCAAGUGAUGACUGGAUGCUGACCCUGUUCCCUAGAGCCUGCUAAGCCACCUCCUCUCCCUUUGACCCCACAAUGGCACCCAGGUGGUUUCGGGCCCCUCUUACUGCCCUGCCCCAAGUUAGUCAGGGGUCGGUUCUGCCUGGCCCCGCUGCUUACCAUACCUACCUAGCUGCUGUUAUAUUUUUCUUUUUCUUAUUUUAUCCUUUUAUUUUCUAAUAACCUAUAAACUGGUGGAAUAGUUUUGCAGGUUGAAGCCAUGUCUAAAUGAAAGUCCUCAGUAGGUGUUAAGGGAAACAGGGAGGGGAGAUCCUUAAGCCUCCACCCAGGAGGACAUCAGGCUUUGGGAGCUGCCCUUUGGGCAGCUUGGGGCCCUGGAGAUGGUAUCGGCAGGGAAGCGAGGUGCGGCGGCUGUGGCUGGUGAGCGGGUCAGGCACACUAUGGGCUGGUCAGACUGCGGACUGGUGGUUUUGGCAUUUUGUGUGUAUGCUGCUUUUCAUUUCUAACCAAGAGGCUGGUUUGGGCAUCUCUGUUUGUCUCAUUCCCUGGGAUCUGGUGGUCAGCCCCGGGAUACAAGGCCAGGGCCUGAGAAACAGGAAAGGGCCAUGGAAGCCCAAAAUCCUUCUGGCCUGCACCUGCAGCCUAGGACACUCAAGCCCUUGCUUGUGUCCAGGGGAGCCUGAGAUGUCCAGAACUCAUGUGGAUAGUGGGGAAUCAAGUCUGGAAAUUUAAAAAUAAAAGACAUGAGACUGAGGCCACCCCGAUUCCCGCAUAGCCUGACUAGAGAGGGGAGGGAGGAGAGGUGAGGCCAGCCUGUGGAUGGGGUCCCAGCUAGGCCUGGUCUUGGGAUGGCUGCAAUGAUGAGAAAUCCUGGGAAUUGUAUUGACACAAAGAUUCUUAUUGCACUUGUAUUUUUUUGUAUUAAAGUUUGCAUGGUUUCUAAUAAAGGAUUAAAACAUAA